UCAAGAUGGCGGCCCGCUGUGACAGGUCGUGUGUUGUGAAACUUGGCUAGUUAUUCCCUCAAUGACAGUUUAUUAGAUCUGUUAGGACAUAAAACUAUACAUUUUAAUAAUUAAUACAAAUGCGACACAGUUGAGGAACACGUCACAACGUUUGAAUCUGGUGAUACAGUCUAAAGAUGGUGGCAGGUACCUGAAUUGCACUUUGAACAGCUGUCUCAAACAUCACCGUCAGAGAGAAAAUGUUUCCAGCUACAUGGGCACGACUGUCUUGCAAGGCUUGGUCCAGCCGAGGACGGAGGACCCUGAGUCUGUUCUCCAGUUCAGGACCCUCAAACUGGACCAAAGUGGUCUCGGACGCGGAGAAGAUCGUCGGGUAUCCCACCUCCUUCAUGAGUCUCCGCUGCCUGCUCAGUGAUGAACUCAGUAAUGUUGCCUUGCACGUCAGGAAGCUGAUCGGGACCCAGCACCCUUUACUCAACACUGCAAGGGGCUUUGUCUACGACAGCAGGAACAACCUUCAGAUGAGGGGACUGGUCGUACUGCUGUUGUCGAAAGCCGCAGGGCCGGGCCACGCAGUCUCUGAUCUCCUGGCUCAGGACAUGGUCAGCGGCAUCUACCCAAGCCAGCGGAACUUGGCAGAAAUCACUGAGUUGAUCCACACGGCGUUCCUGGUGCAUCGUGGGAUAGUCGAUCUGAAGGGGUGGACGGUUUCAGACGGCCCGUUGAAGGACAUGGAGUUUGGGAAUAAGAUGGCUGUCCUGAGCGGCGACUUUCUUCUCGCAAACGCUUGUUCCGGACUCGCCCAACUAAAUAACACUAAGGUUGUUGAACUGAUGUCAAGUGCCAUUGGUGAUGUGGUUCAAGGAAUCUACAAUGAGAAUUCCAGUAAUACUGAGGAAAAUAGUCUCACUGAUGGCAUCGAUGUGGCGGCGUGGGAAGAGCAGACGUUCCUGUCCCACGGGGCACUGCUGGCCAAGAGCUGUCAAGCUGCGAUGGAGCUCGCCAAACACGACAAGGAGUCCCAAAGAUGGGCCUUUAAGUAUGGCAAGCACCUAUCACUGGGCCACAAGCUGAACUCUGACCUGCAGCCGUUUGUGAAGAGCAGCAUGGGAGAGCCUGCGUCGUUCAGUUUGAGCGCCGCCCCAGUGGUUUUCCAUCGUCAGAUUGUUGGCCAGGAGAGAUGGCGUCAGCAGCUGCAGCAGGCGAAAACACUGAGAAACCAACUGGAUUAUUCAAAGCUUUUGGCAGCAGUUAAGUCGGAGAAAGGCGUGAGCUCAGCGGUGGACUUAUGCUGUUACCAUGGCAACAAGGCUCUGGAGGCCAUCCAGACUUUCCCCUCCUCCGAGGCUCGAUCCGCCUUGGAGAACAUUGCCUCCGCCAUCACCAAAUUUUGACCUGGACUCACACGCGCACACACACACAGGCACGCACACAGUGUCUUUGUCUGCAGAGGCAACAGGACAACAACCACCGAACGGUUGACACUUACGAGACAAAUGAACUUCUUUUUGAGCCAGGUGCUGGCUCACGUCUGGAGAAGCUGUUCUGCUCUGUUCAGGAUGACAGUGUGCAUCAGAAAUGCAAUGGCUGUAUCCAUAAAUGGUCAUCAUUAAAAAAAAGAAUAAAAACACAUUACUUCA